AUGAUAGUCUCCCACGAACUAGAGAAAAUGAGGAGCAUAUUGGAAGAGUCGAUGCUGGAAACAAGCAGCAUGCCUCUCGAAAAUCGACCGCGACUUUCCCGCAUACUCCUUAUUUGGAAGCCAGCCGGGACCUUUGCGAGACGGACUCAAUUCUUUUUGGCGCUGCACUGGCAGUAUGCCAAACUUCCCGUGGCUGGACGUGCUACUCAAAAAAGUAGCGCCAUCCCAGUCUGGAGAAAAAGAAUUGAGGACCGUAUCGCAAAGGCAAGGGCCCUUAUCGGCAGACUGACAAGCUUCAGGUCGGGUAAUAAUAGACCGAGAGUUGUGCGCACCGUUAGAAUGGCGUUUGCUGGGACAAAUUUUAGUUUGUCCCAGCUGGAUAUCACGCAGAAACUAAUGGAGCGCAUAGAUGCGCAUAGAAAAAUCGCUGCUUGGGGGAAGCGGAUUCGACGAUUUAGCGAGAGGUCAAGGCGGUUCAACCAGAAUCGUCUCUUCCAGAGUGAUCAGAAGAGGCUCUAUAAAUCAUUGGAGCGACCAGAGGUAUGUGGAGCGGGCCCAGGACCGGAUCAGGCUGACACUGUCGCAUUUUGGCGUGGCCUGUGGUCAGAGCUCGUAAACCACAGCGAGGGCCCUUGGAUGGAAGUUGUGGCGAGCCAGAGUGCAAGUGUUACGCCUUUUGGACCCCAUCACCAUAACGCCUAA